UUAUCUAACGUCAAAUCGUUUAUUGUAUAACAUAAUCCAUGUAUUUAAAACUUGUGAAGUCAUUGAACUGCAGAAGAAAUGGAAAAAUUUGAGGUAAAUGUAUAAAAAAAAAUGUGUGACAAAAUCAGGCCAAGCAGAGAAUAAAAAAAAAAAAAAAUACAUAUACUCAGAAAUUUUAGAGUUUUAGCGACCAAUGAUGGAAAAUAGAAGAACAAAGGGAAAUUACAGUGAUGAUGAGGAAGAAACAGAGGAUGAACAAGGCAAUAAUAAGGAACAUAAUGAAACGGUGGAAGGGGAUUUCGUUGAUGCAAAUGAAAAGUCUAUGUGUGCUUCUUCCGAAAAAGCACUUACAAAUUUAAAAACCAUAAAAAAACGUAAAAAACAAAUAAUAUUAAUUUUUGAAGAAGAAUUGUUGAAAUCUUUAAACAGCCAAAAAGAAGAAGAAUCGGACCCAGAUAAAUUAUUUUGAAUGUCGCUCUUAUCCCAAAUGAAAUCUGUCAGUUAAGACAAAAAGUCAAUACUUUACGUUGAGCUAAUAAAUACUAUACAAAGAGUAAAAAACCUUCCUGAAGAUAAUACAGCAAUACAUUGCUAGUUAUACCAAACCAACUCAUAUUCGCAGUCAUUAUCGGAACCUGCAAUAUAUCCUAUUACUAAUAUUGUAAUGCAAUCUACAUAUUAUUCAUCAUCGUAUUCAAACGGUUUUAAUUAUACUAAUAUUUAAGUUUAUUAGAACCUAAAUUUUUUUUUAAUAUUUUUAA